AGUUAAGAGAGACAGUGCCAACAAGUCAUUGUUACGCACUAUCUCUCUCUCUAUAAAAGUAAAGCUCAAUCACUUCCUUUUCCCACUCUCUCACACACAAAACCAUAAACACAUUUCCAAUUCUAAACCCCCUUCAUUCCUCCAACUAUGAUUUUCCCAUUUCUAUUCAUAUUUUUCUGUUUAUCAUCAACUGUAUUUGGUAUUUCCGAUGAGCUUAUAAACCCAAAGAAGCUGCCGAUGUUCGUCGAUGACCUCCCCGAUAUGCCCAAACUUCUCGGCUUCCAUGGCCAACAUCCUAAUCAUCUUCAGAUUGGCAUGUUCCUCAAAACAUGGAAAUUUCACCGAGAUCUUCCCCCAACUCCUGUUUUUGCUUACGGAAUUUCCAAGGACACUGCCACAGUUCCUGGUCCCACAAUUGAGGCCGUCCAUGGAAUCUCCACCUUUGUGACGUGGCAAAAUCACCUCCCUUCAAAACACAUUCUUCCUUGGGACCCCACAAUUCCUACCGCCAUCCCCGCCGGCAACAACGGGGUCCCAACGGUGGUUCAUCUCCAUGGUGGUAUCACCGAGCCCGCUAGCGAUGGCCACGCCACCUCAUGGUUCACUAAUGGCUUCAAGGACAAAGGACCUUCGUGGACCAAGAAAACAUAUCAUUAUCCCAAUCAGCAACACCCUGGCAAUCUUUGGUACCAUGAUCAUGCCAUGGGCUUGACUAGAGUCAACCUUCUUGCCGGCCUCGUCGGAGCGUAUAUAAUUUGCCACCCCGAUGUCGAGGCCCCACUUCGGCUCCCUUAUGGCCGUGAAUUUGACCGAUCGUUACUUGUUUUUGACCGAAGCUUCCUUUACAAUGGUUCUAUCUUCAUGAAUUCAACCGGCAACAACCCCUCUAUACAUCCCCAAUGGCAACCUGAAUACUUUGGUGAUGUUAUCGUGGUCAACGGCAAGGCCUGGCCACGGAUGAGAGUACAACGUCGCAAAUAUCGGUUUCGCAUCAUCAAUGCUGGCAACGCUAGAUUCUAUAGAUUCUUCUUCACCAAUGGUCUUAAAUUCAUACAAGUAGCAUCUGACUCGGCUUACCUUUCACAACCUGUAGUAUCCAAAGCUAUCCUACUGGCACCAUCUGAGAUUGCUGACGUGGUGGUUGACUUUUCAAAAUCAACGACCAACACGGUCAUCCUAGCCAAUGACGCAGCCUACCCUUAUCCAUCAGGUGAUCCCGUCAAUGAAGCUAACAGCAAAGUGAUGAAAUUUUACAUUUCAAAAAACAAAGAAGUUGAAACACAACCUAUUCCCAAGAAACUAAUACAAUAUCCGAAACCAGAUUUAUCCAGCGCAUCAUAUACACGGUACAUUGCCAUGUACGAAUACACGAGCGACAUUGACGAGCCGACACAUUUAUACCUUAACGGAAAACCAUAUGAAGCGCCUGUGACAGAGAAACCAAAGGUAGGGAGCACAGAGAUAUGGUAUGUGAUCAAUCUAACAGAAGAUAACCAUCCAUUACACAUUCACAUGGGGCUAUUGGCCGCAUUGGAACAAACGGAGUUGGUUCACCUAGAAGAAUUUAAGGAUUGCAUGACGAAAAAGAACGAUGCAGUGAAGUGCAAAAUCGAAGAACAUGCACGUGGAAAGAGAAGAAAGGUAAAUAGUAAUGAGAAAGGGUGGAAGAAUGUGUACAAGAUGAUGCCUGGAUUUGUGACAAAGAUACUGGUGAGAUUUUCCAAUAUACAUUCCAACACAUCGUACCCAUUUGAUGCAACCGCAGAACCCGGCUACGUGUACCAUUGUCACAUACUGGAUCAUGAAGACAAUGCUAUGAUGAGACCAUUGAAGUUGGUUUACUGAGAAGAGGCUGUGGAGACGAGGACCAAUCCAACUCAACCCAACCUAAAUGAAUGUUUUGAACUAUGACUUAUUAAUGAAUUACCAGUUUGCUUUGUACUGUAUACUGUACCCAAUAAACAUAACAGAAAGCCAAUUAAAAUGGAGAAUGCAAUCCACAAAAAGGUAGAUCAUUCUAGUAUGUCUUACCUUGAGCAAGCGUUCCCCUACAUGAAAACGCAAAAUCCCAAACGCUUGAACCUAGCAAAAACAAUACAUAAACCAAUUACGGAUGAAAUUCAAUACAAUGUGUAUUUGUUCAAA